GGGGUCUUAUGUAAGAGGCGCGCGCGAGGCGGAGCGUCAUUCGGCAGCGGUGCGAGAUGAAGUUAUAGUUAUGUUUAUUGUCGAGUGAUUUUAAUGUUCUUUUUUGUUAAUUAAUGUCACUUCAUGAGUUUAUUUUGAGAUUAAGCUUCACUUUAUUCAUAAGUAGCGACUCAGGAAGUAGAAGAGCACGGUAAAUCGAUCCGUGACCGGUUAUUGAUCAUCAUGCCGCCCAUCGAGAAGGACGGGGGUCGCGAGCAGAUCCGACAGAAAAUCAAAGAACUGAUCGAUUCCAAUCAAGUGAUGGUGUUCAGCAAAAGCUACUGUCCUUUCUGCGUCAAGGUGAAGGAUCUCUUUAAAGAGCUGAAUGUCAAGUACAUCACCUUAGAGCUGGACCUGAUGGAGGACGGGACCAACUACCAGGAGUUGCUGCAUGAGAUAACCGGACAGAAAACCGUCCCCAGCGUCUUCAUCAACAAGAAACACAUCGGAGGCUGCGACAACACCAUGAAGGCACACAGUGAUGGCGUCCUGCAGAAGCUGCUGGGUGAAGGGAGCGAGGCGUACGACUAUGACCUCAUCGUCAUCGGCGGGGGUUCUGGCGGUCUGGCGUGUUCAAAGGAAGCAGCUGCCUUGGGCAAGAAGGUCAUGGUUCUGGAUUAUGUUGUUCCCACACCAAAGGGCACAACCUGGGGUCUGGGCGGCACGUGUGUGAAUGUGGGCUGUAUUCCUAAGAAGCUGAUGCAUCAGACGGCAUUGCUUGGCACGGCCAUAGGAGACGCCCGCAAGUUCGGCUGGGAGUUCAGUGAGCAAGUGACUCACAACUGGGAGGCGAUGAGGACUGCGGUGAAUAACUACAUCGGCUCAUUGAACUGGGGCUACAGAGUUUCCCUACGAGACAAAAACGUCAAUUACGUCAACGCCUACGCUGAGUUUGUGGAGCCGCACAAGAUAAAGGCCACCAACAAGCGUGGUAAAGAGACGUUCUACACCGCGGCUAGGUUUGUCCUGGCGACAGGAGAGCGGCCUCGUUACCUGGGCGUCCCGGGAGAUAAAGAGUAUUGCAUCACAAGUGAUGACCUGUUUUCGUUGCCCUACUGUCCCGGGAAGACUCUGGUUGUCGGGGCGUCGUAUGUGGCUCUGGAGUGUGGGGGUUUUCUGGCCGGCUUGGGGCUGGACGUGACCGUCAUGGUUCGCUCCAUUCUGCUUCGAGGAUUCGACCAGGACAUGGCCAACCGUGCGGGAGAUUACAUGGAGACGCACGGGGUCAAAUUCCUCAGGAAGUUUGUCCCGACCAAGAUCGAGGAGCUGGAAGCUGGAACUCCGGGCCGACUCAAAGUCACGGCCAAAUCAACCGAGAGUAACGAGAUCUAUGAAGGGGAAUACAACACUGUGUUGAUCGCAGUGGGUCGUGACGCCUGUACAGGAAAGAUCGGUCUGGACAAAGCUGGAGUUAAAGUCAAUGCCAAGAAUGGGAAGGUUCCCGUGAACGACGAGGAGCAGACUAAUAUUCCUCACAUCUAUGCGAUUGGAGAUAUUCUGGAGGGAAAGUGGGAGCUCACGCCUGUGGCCAUUCAGGCCGGGAAACUUCUGGCUCGACGACUGUACGCCGGAUCCUCUUUAAAGUGCGAUUAUGUGAACGUUCCCACCACUGUCUUCACUCCUAUGGAAUACGGCAGCUGUGGUCACGCAGAGGAGAAGGCCGUGGAGAUCUACGGACAGGAGAACCUCGAGGUUUAUCACAGCCUGUUCUGGCCUCUGGAGUUCACCGUUCCCAACCGAGACAACAACAAGUGCUACGCCAAGAUCAUCUGCAAUAAACUCGACAGUGACCGUGUGAUUGGCUUUCACUAUCUGGGUCCUAAUGCUGGAGAGGUCACACAGGGCUUCGGAGCCGCUAUGAAGUGUGGGAUUACCAAAGACCAGCUGGACCACACCAUCGGGAUUCACCCCACCUGUGCUGAGAUAUUCACCACGAUGGAGGUCACCAAAAGCUCUGGCGGUGACAUCACUCAGUCGGGCUGCUGAGGUUAAACCCUGCUGGUUUAACAGGCUGUCAGGACCAGUUUAGACUGGUGUUUUAUCCCUCUCACCCUCGAGUCUCCGAAUCUAGAGGUACAACAUCAUGAUGUUUCACUGCUUACAGAAGGCUUUUGUGUCUGCCGUUCCCUUGUGUCACGUGCUGGAAGGGGCGGAGCCAUCAGACACGACGGCCUUUGGAGGCGGGGCUUCACUUGUUGAAGAGACCGAUGAUUGGGAGAGGGAUAUUGAUUGACAGCCUGUUAGACGGCGGGGUUACUCUGCACAAAAUCACCGUCCGAGUCAGAAAUGCACCAAAUGCGCUUGUGGUUUCUUUUCACACACAUGCGCAGGUGGUGCUCCGUGAUGUCAUAACCCCUAACCCACGCUCAGUGGCGGGUUACGACUGAUGUUUUCUGCACUUGGUCUUUAAAUGGGAAUCCAUGUUAUUAUCAUGCGCUCUGGACACUUUCCUUUCGUUUGGUUGUAGAAGACUCAUUUUCUAUAUUUAAUAGUCAUCAAUUGCUCGUCAGGAUUCUAGUAGCGGGAUUUCACUUCCCGCUCUCAUUAUUAUUAUUAUUAUUAUUAUUAUUCUCUGAUUUAGUGGUCGAGUAACAGAGAUGUGAUCGAAGCGCAAACCAAAUGCAGCAUGUAGAUGCUUCCUCGUGAAAGUAUUUAACGGGCGUCACCAAGAUGAAACACAAACUCAUUUGUAGUUUGUGAUGCCUGUUAAAGCACCUAGAAAUAUCAAUAAAAUGUGUAUGUUCAUAUUUUUAUAAAUGUGUAUAUAUAUAUAUCUUUACAUCACUGGAUUACAUGUGUCUGGAGGAUUCAUUCACAAAGAAAUGCAUGAUGUUUGCUGUUUAUUUGCUUUAUUCACUCCAUACAUCUGUCACUCAGCUCCUGUUAAAUGUACAUGUUUAAUUCUGUUCAUGGACUUUAAUAAAACUGCACAACCUAAAUUUC